CUUCAAUGAAUUUUUAGAAGUAACAUGUAUGUUUAUUAGUGAAAGAAAAUUUCUAUCAUAUUUUACGAAAUGAAGUAGCUUUGAAUAUUUGCUAGAACAUAUAAUUUGAAGGAUUAUGAUGGAUAGACCAGAGGUUUCAGGUUUUGGAGUUCGUCACGUUCAAGUGAUACUGAUGUUCUUCUGGAACGUACUCUUCACGUCAAUGGUCAAUGGCUUCCCAAUGAGCCUCGUUGCAAUGACAACUCCAUUCACUAGUCCAAACCCAAACAUUCCAACCUUUACAGACUGGAAUGACCAGAGUAUCAUAUUGUCAUCUUUCUUCUGGGGUUUUGUCGCCACCCAACUGUUUGGAGGGUAUUAUGCAAGGAAAUAUGGGGUUAAAUGGUUCAUGGUACCUUCAAUGUUCAUCACAGCGAUCAUAUGUUUUUCCCUUCCCUAUCUAGUGGUUCAAUUUGGAUCCAUAGGACUUAUUUUUGCCGUAGUAGUCGCUGGAUGUGCACAAGGAUUGAGUCACAGCAUGCUGCCUGUUUUUAUCAGUUUGUGGGUACCUUGUAAAGAGAAGAACACUCUGGGAAAUGCAGUUUAUGCUGGUUACGGUUUAGGUUGCAUUCUUGGCAUAAAUAUUGCAACUUAUUGUGCCACUUCCUGGUUUGGAUGGCCUCUGUCAUUCUACAUAACUGCGGUGAUGCAGUUCUCUUGGGGUUGCUUUAUGUCGAUGUUUGGAGGAAAUUACCCCCAAUCGCAUAGAACCAUAUCGGAUAAGGAAUUGGAGUUCAUUUUGGAGGAUAAAAACCUACACGAACAGAUCCCUACCCCAUGGAGGGAAAUUUUGAAUUCAAGGCCAGUAUGGGCGCUGUGGAUUGCAAAUGGAGGGGCAAUCAUAAUAACAUGGUUGAGUGCAGCAGAAUUUCCCACUUACCUUAGUGAAGUUUUUGAUUAUAAAAUCGAAGAAGUGGGAAACAUCAUGAGCUUGGCAUUUCUUUUAAUCGGCCUACUGAGUUUUUUUGUCGGAAUAGUGGUUGAAUAUUUCAUCAACGUGAAACAAGUCGAAACAGGUAUCAUGAGGAAAAUCUGUAAUACGGUUGCUUCCUUGGGUUGUUCUAUUAUACUUAUUCGCAUGGCUUUCUUCGAUGGUACAGAAAGCAAAACUGUAUUGUAUUCUAUACUGGGUGUUUUUGCCUUCAAUUCAACCUCCUUCUGUGGAUACUUAUUAAACUAUAAUGACAUCAGUCCAAACUUCUGUGGUAUUCUCUUUGGACUAGGCGGAGUGGUAGCCAGCGUAAUGAAUUUAGGAAAUCCAGUCCUUAUGACCAUCUACGUAAGGAACCAGUCAGAUCCAAGAGAAUGGGGGUUGAUUUUUUUCAUCUCGGCGCUAAUUAUGAUUGUAGCCAAUUUGGUUUUUGUCUUUUUCGGAUCUGGAGAAAAGCAAGAGUGGGAUGAUUUUAAUGAGGAGAGGAAAUCUUUGAGGAAUUCAUGACUCCCAGUGUUCUAUCACGAAACUUGUUGG